AUGGUUCACUUCUCCACUAUUGCCCUGGCACUGGCCAGUGUUCUUCCUCAGCUGACCAAUGCAUCCGGAUUGAACACCGCUGCUGUCGCAAAGGGAAAGCUAUACUUCGGAUCAGCUACUGAUAACUCCGAGUUGACGGAUACCGCAUACCUUGCCCAGCUGAGCAACACAGACGACUUUGGACAGAUUACACCCGGUAAUGCGCAGAAGUGGGAUGCAACCGAACCGUCUCAGAACACCUUUUCCUAUACCAAAGGAGAUGUCAUUGCCAACCUCGCUGCUACGAAUGGCCAAAAGCUGCGAUGCCAUACUCUAGUUUGGUAUAGCCAGUUGCCCAGCUGGGUCUCAAGCGGCUCCUGGACGAACGCGACUCUGCUUGCCGCCAUGAAGAACCACAUCACCAACGUGGUGACUCACUACAAAGGCAAAUGCUAUGCUUGGGAUGUUGCCAACGAAGCUCUCAACGAGGACGGCACCUACCGUGACAACGUCUUCUACCAAUACAUCGGCGAGGCAUACCUUCCCAUCGCAUUCGCUACAGCAGCCGCCGCAGACCCAGACGCCAAGCUCUACUACAACGACUACAACAUCGAAUCCGCCGGGUCCAAGGCAACAGGUGCCCAGAGAAUCGUCAAGCUGGUACAGCAGUACGGCGCCAAGAUUGACGGUGUCGGUCUACAAGCACAUUUUAUCGUCGGAAGUACCCCUAGCCAGAGCGCGCAGACUACCAAUCUGGCCGCGUUCACGGCCCUGGGCGUCGAAGUUGCCUAUACUGAGCUUGAUAUCCGGAUGACUCUCCCGUCGACUUCGGCCCUGCUUGCGCAGCAGUCGACCGAUUACCAGAACACCGUUGCGGCUUGUGUGGCAAAUGCUAAGUGUGUGGGCGUUACUAUUUGGGACUACACGGACAAGUACUCGUGGGUUCCUAGUACAUUCUCUGGUCAGGGUGCUGCGUGUCCUUGGGAUGCGAAUCUGGUGAAGAAGCCGGCUUAUGAUGGUAUCUUGGCUGCUUUGGGUGGUACAGCUUCUGGUACUUCCACUUCCUCUACGGCUACCGUUACCAGCACGACUACCUCUGCUACCACCACGACUACCUCUGCUACCACCACGACUACCUCUGCUACCACCACGACUACCUCUGCUACCACCACGACUACCAGCUCUGGUAGCACUACUGGUGUCCCUCUCUAUGGUCAGUGUGGUGGGUUGGGCUGGACUGGAAGCACAACUUGCACAAGUGGAACCUGUAAAUACUCCAAUGACUGGUACUCGCAGUGCCUAUAG